UUUCACAAAUUUGACGGCGAAAAUAAAGAAGCAACGAAAUUCAACGGCCGAGCGUAAAGAAACACAUCGUCGCUAUUCCGUUGAUUAUUUCUCCUAUUUUUUCAUUACAUUUUAGCUUGCAAUUUUAACUGAAAUUAAAGAUAUCUCGGUGAAUUGUUCUAGUGGCGACGUAUAUACCAGAACUUUGUGUGUUUUGGCACGUUUGACGUGCAUCUAAUAACAAAGUAAAUUGUGGAGUAUUACGUGUGAAUUGCUAUUUAUUAGUGUAGUAUAGAAUAAUUGGAGAAACGGCGGCAAAAUAACUUUCCAAUUUAGAAUCGAUAAUAUUGUUGAAAUGUCGAAAGCCAAAAAAUUAUCAUUGCCCAGCAAUGAUUCAACAGAAUUUUACAAUUAUAAACCUAAAGAUUUAAUUUGGGCAAAGAUGAAAGGAUUCACACCAUGGCCUGCUAUGAUUGUUGAGCCAUCAAUAGAUUUAUUGAAUCAGCCUCGCAAAGCCAACACUAAAAGUGUGUUUUUCUUUGGGACAAGGAACUUUGCUUGGAUUGAAACGAAUAAUAUAAAGCCGUUCGAGGGACCGUGGAAAGCUGAAUUGGCAAAAGUCAAUAAACCAAAUUCGUUCCGUCAAGCUAUGGCUGAUAUUAAUACCUACAUUGAAGAUCCCACAGAGGUUGAUGCAGAGGUCAGCAAAAAUACGAUCAGUAACCAUUCCACUGAAGCAGAUUUUGAUAAAAUUCGCGACGGUUUAACGGAUGAUGAUACAACAAAUGACAUACGUGGUAACGAUGAUGCAGAUAAUGGAGUAGAAACCAUAACUGGUGAUGUUACGGUUGAUUUGGACGAAGUUGCACCUUCAUACAAAACACCUGUCAAACGCACACCUAAAGCUAAAGCGAGCGCGGUGGCUACAGUAAAAGCAAAAUCAUCAGCCAGUUCGGCUGUCACUAAAGCUUCGGCAAAACGACGCCGCUCUUCCCAAACGGCAAACAGCAGUGCAAAACGUAAACGCAACUCUUCAGUAGGUUAUUUGGAAGAUCUCAAUGAUUAUAUAAAUCAUAAGUCUUCUUCAACACCACCUUCACGUCGUAAAAUUAAUGCGGACGCCUUGGCCCAUAUUGGAAGCACUUCGAGACGCAAUGUUAAUUCGAUUGCUCUUCUCGAUCGUCCAGUUGUUUCGCGACCUGAAGCGCAAACAAUUGAUAUGAAUGCACGUUCUCAAACCCUGGCUGAGCGAGACAUUACACCGUCUCAAUUGACGUUCGGUUUCCUCGGUCUAGGAAUUAUGGGCUCGACUAUUGUUAAAGAUCUACUUUGUACUGGCCACAAAGUUGUCGUAUGGAAUCGCACAAUGUCAAAGUGCACACCAUUCGCUGAAGCUGGAGCAGAUGUUAAAGGCACACCAAUGGAUGUGGUUGAAGCUUCAGAUGUUAUAUUCUGUUGCGUUUCGGAUCCAAAAGCUUCGAAGGAUCUGGUUUUCGGCAAUUGUGGAGUAUUGGGUGUAAAAGAAAUGAACGGUAAGGCAUAUGUUGAAAUGUCAACAAUCGAUCCUGAAACUUCCCAGGAUAUCGCCGAAGGGAUUCAAUCAGCAGGCGGGCGUUAUUUGGAAGUGCAAAUUCACGGUACACGGCAAGAAGCAGAAGACGGCAUGCUCAUUAUAUUAGCCGGUGGCGAUCGCUCAGUCUUUGAAGACUGUCAUUCUUGCUUCAAAACUAUUGCAAAGAACACAUUCUUCUUGGGCGCAGAAGUUGGGAACGCUUGCAAAGUUAAUUUAAUACUACAAACGAUAGUCGGUGUCAGUUUGGUUGGACUAGCCGAAGCUUUGGCAUUGGCUGACCGUUUUUCAAUUUCAUUAAAGGACAUUAUUGAUAUAUUUGAGUUGACAUCUAUGAAAUCGCAAUUAUUACUAGCAAAAGGAAAAGAAAUGGCCAAAGGAGAUUUUAACCCACAGCAGCCAUUGAGUCAUAUGCAAAAGGAUUUGCGUCUUGUACUAAGUAUGGCGGAGAAUUUGGACCAAUCGAUGCCUGUGACUGCAAUUACCAAUGAGGUAUUCAAGCACACAAAACGGCUUGGUUACAGUGAACACGAUUCAAGUGCCGUAUUCGUACGAUCCAGAUUUUAACAUUUAGUUAAUACAGCCACUUUUUAAAAAUAAAAAAUAUCAAAAAAAAAAAUGUGCGAAGAUUAACAUAUAUACCCACAUACGCCCACAUAAAUAAUAAGACGCGAUAAAGAAAUAAGAAAGGAAGCAUGAAACCGUCGAAAUGCAUUAAUGCAAAGCAAAAGUCACUUAUAUUUUUGAACCGUAAUAGACCAUUUGAUAGGACAAAGAAAUGAAAAGACUGGCUGUGCAUAUGUGCAUUCUCGAUUCAGUCGUACAUUAUCAAGGACCCUCUGUGCAAAGGUAAAACACAGAUGUUUUUCAAAAAAUAUAAAAUCAAUUUUUAUAUUUUAUGCGCCAGAUGUAAAAAUCAAUAUAUAUAUAUAUAAGUAUUAUAUAUAUAUAUCAAAUUCAAUGGUGUUAGCAUGCAACGUAGAUGAUAAACAUCAUAACGCGAGUAUACUGACUGACGACUGAUAACAACAGUGCAUUGAGAUGAAUUAAAUACAAUACAAAAAGGAAUAAGUGGGUGCGCUGUAUGAAAGAAAUGCACGUGUUUAACAUAAAUACAUAAGGUUUAAGCUGAAAAUAAUGAAUAACAAUGGAAAAUGUAUAGAGUGCGCAGUAAGCUGCUAAAUAUAGUAACGAAUGUGUAGAUGUGCGCAUACAAAAAUAAAAAAUGUAAUAAUAUAAUAUCGCAUGGCGCAUUUUGCAAGUCACUUAUAUAUUUGUUUUUAUAUAUAUAAAUAAAUAAAAUGAACAAACAACUUGAUAAACAAA